AUGCCGGUUGAAAAGUCAAAUUUUGAACCACUCGUUGUGAUUCAUUUUUCUUCUAAAACACCUGAGGAAACUAAAAACUGGAUGAUUGAAAGAUUAAUUGCCAAGCAAGAUGAAAAUGAUGGUGCUGCUUUACUUGUUCGAUAUGAUUCUGAUUCUGAAAAUCAUAACGAUAUUCUUUUAAUCGGUGCAACACUUGAUCGUUUACUGCUUGGUGCCGAAGAAUUACGAAUUAAAAAACCAUAUAAAAAUGAUACUUCACGAGAAUUUCUCAUCUCGGAUAUUCAUAAUUUUGAUAAAUCUGAAAAUCUAGAUAGUUUUUUACUUAAAUCGGAAAAACAAUUAAUUAUUUGGGAAGAAAUACAAAAUGUACGACCAAUGCAACAUGAAAGUACUAUACCGGGAGUUCCUACAAAAUUAAUUGAGCCUAAUCACGAUACAAUUCUUUGUCUUCUUCAUAAGUUGAAUUAUAUUAUAAGCGUUUUCCCAUUACAUGAUAAAGAAGAUAUGAAAUUAACUGAACGUGAUUGGUUCAUGUCAAAAAAUUCAUUUUUUAAAUCACAAGAUAUUCAUAAAGUUCGAAAUUAUUUUGGAGAGGAGGUAGCUUAUUAUUUUGAAUUUCUUGAAUUUUACACCAAAGCACUUCGACUUCCAGCUGUACUCGGUCUUUGUGUUAGCCUUUGGCCUGGUUCCGAUUUUUACAAAUAUUCAUUAUUUUGUAUUUUUAAUGUGAUCUGGUGGACUGUAUUCAUGGAAAAAUGGAAACGUUUAAGUAAUAGACUUGCUUAUCAAUGGGGUUCAUAUGAUUUACAAAUCUUCGAACGUCCUCGUCCACUCUAUUAUGGAGAUUUAAAAACUUCACCAAUAACAAAUCAACAAGAACGACGAUAUCCGAAAUGGAAAAGAGUAUUGAAAAAGUAUUUAGUUAGUUAUCCAAUAUUAAUUUGUUGCUUAGCGUUAUCAUUAUGGAUUUAUUUUGCUUUUUAUGGAAUACAAAUGAAGACCGAUCAUGAUUAUCCAUUAGAUGAUUCUUUAUUUUUCAUUUAUGCUAAACUUAUGCGUACGCUACCAUCAACUGGCUAUUCAUUACUUAUUUUAGGAUUGAAUUUAAUUUAUAGAAAAAUAGCUACUCACUUGACUGAUUUUGAAAAUCAUCGACUUCAAACAUCUUAUGAAAAUAAUUUAACAUCGAAAUUAUUUAUUUUUUAUUUUAUGAAUUGUUUCAUUGGACUCUUUUAUGAAGCGUUUAUUAAUGCUAAUUUUGCAAAUGUUGUACAAUUACUGACAGUAUUUGUUAUUUUCAAUGCUAUUUUCUUGAAAUUUACUGAGCAAAUCGGUCCAUAUGUGAUUAAACGCUUUAAAAAAAAUCAAUUGAUUGAACGCAAAUCACAAAAUGUUCAUGUCAGUGAAGCAGUGAAGCAAGCAAUAACAUUGUCUUCAUUUGCAGGAACAUAUGGAGAUUAUUUGACUAUUUUUGAACAAUAUGGUUAUGUCGCUUUAUUUUCAGCAGUUUUCCCAUGGAUCACAAUUUGUGCAUUAAUCAAUAAUAUAUUUGAACUUCGUGCGGAUGCUUUCAAAUAUUGUUAUGUUUACCAACGUCCAUUUAUUCAACGAGCUUCAAAUAUUGGUAGUUGGCGUUACGCCUUCGACAUACUAAGUUCAGUAGCCAUUGUUACUAAUACAGCAUUAAUUGCAAUGCAGCCAUCAGUUCGUGCAUAUUUUUCAUCGUAUACAGAUGCUGAAUAUAUUCUCAUGUUUGUUAUUGCUGAACAUGUUCUUUUGGCAUUGAAAUUUGCGAUUGGUUUUGCAAUACCAAGUACUCCACAUGAAAUUCAAAUAGCUAAAGAGAAAAAUCUCUAUGAAUCUAAUCAAGCACUAAGAAACGAACGUGAACGAAGAGCAUCAAAAGCUCAAGUAUCUAUAACAAAACUUUAA